UGGACAAAGACUAACAGAAUCAGCGGCAGCGAAUAACAUGCUGAUAAAGUCUACAAUGUUCCCGCGCUGGAAUGUUCACAAACAAACAUGGGUAUCAAAAGAUCACGUAACCCAAGACCAAAUCGAUCACAUCGUUGUGGAUGCUCGACACGGAAGUAGUAUAUUGGAUGUACCGAGCCUUAGAGGAGUGGAUGAGGACUAAGACCACUACCUAGCAAGAGCUAAACUAAAAACUAGAAUAUCAUCCCAUGAGUACAACACACCUACAAAGGAAAAGAAUGAGAAAUGGAAUCCCACCAAACUACAAAUUAAAGAAGAACAAGAAAAGUACAUGCAGGAAAUAAAGGAGGAAUUGGAGCAACCUAUAGAACAAACCGACUUUGAAGGAGCACUCUGGAACACACAGUUACAAAGGGGUUUUCGAACGGGUUUUCGAAGGAAAAGAUCAACUAUCGACCAGCUUUUCGCCUUAAGACAACUUCUCGUGAAAGGAUGUGAAUUCAAUAAGACAAUACAUAACCUUUUUAUGGACUUCAGACAAACGUAUGACAGUGUGGAAAGAAACCAAGUGUGGAACGCAAUGGCGGAACUCUCAAUCCUAAGGAAACUCAUUCAGAUGAGAAAACUGUGUAUGGACGGUGGUAGAUCCAAGGUCCAAGUAGGCAGCGAACUAUCUGAACAGUUCGAAAUACAAAACGGGGUUAUGCAGGGAGAUGCCUUCUUACCCCUGUUGUUUAAGAUCGUCCUGGAAAGAGCUAUAAGACGGGCGGACAUAAAAACUGAACUCCUAUCAACUGAAGGUCCCAAACUAAUACUGGCUUAUGCAGAUGACAUUGACCUGAUCGGUAACACUAUUCUAAGACUGAAAGAAUUCAAUAAAAUAGAUGGAACAUCUAGCAAAAUUAGUCUAAUGAUAAAUGAAGAAAAUACUAAAUACGUGUGUGUAAACCGACUCGGAAGAAGAGACAGAAUAGGACAAAACGUAUCAAUAAACAUGUACAACUUUGAAAGAGUGGAACGUUUCAAAAAUUUAAGUGCAACAAUCACAGUAGAUAACGAUAUCACCGAAGAAAUGAAAGAAAGAAUCCAAGCCACAAAUCGAUGUCUGUACUCCUUAAACAAUCUCCUUAAGUCAAAAAACCUGACCCGGAUAUCCAAAGUAAAAAUAUAUAAGAGUAUUAUUCAGGGACCCGGACCGGAACCGAUAUGGACCCAAAACCGGAACGGAACCGACCGUUUUUUUUUGGACCGGAAUUGAUAUUUGAGAUUAACAAACUGUUAGGUGCUGAACCAGAACAGAAAUAUUUUAUUUCGGUUUUUUCGGGGUUUUUUCGGUUCUGCUUGUAACGUUUGAAAGAAAUUACAUAUUACAAGAGCAAAUGAAACUAAUCCGUCUGCAAAUGAAUAUGAAAUUACGUUUCUGUGUUCUGGUGAGCGGCGGUGUACUAUUAAUGUGCCGACAAAGGGUCGGUACUUCUUUUAGUUAGUUCCUGGAAUCGUUUUAAUAGUCGGCGCCGCGACGCCGUCAAAGAGAGGAUAACUUGAGUACUUAAUAUCCUACCGAUUAAUUGCCUCUCCACUGCGCAAUUUGGAAAUGACAAAGUUGGCAUCCUUAACAUUUACAAAACAAAAAUAACUCUGCACGGUUAGAAUCUAUGCGCUUACUGAUGCCUACAAUUAUGGGUCGAAAAAUAACAAAUGUUGCUCACGGGCAGUUUGACUUCAUUAAAAUAGAAGAUAAAUCUGUUUGCAAAUUGUGUCAAUAAAGGAAUUCCAAAUAUCACGGGAUCGUCCUUGUUUGUGAAUUAAACUGUAUCUAUUAUCUAGGGUCAUCACACCACAAAUUUAAAGAAACACCUUGUUCGAUUACAUAAUUUUGCCGAAAAUCAAGUAGAGACAAACACAAAACGACCAUCAAUCAACUCAACCAUCUUUAAGUGAUAGGAAUACCAUUAAAAUGGAUAUAACGGAGAAACAUCUAAUUGAUUUGAAUUCACUUUAAUGGAUAAUUCCGGAUUUAAAAAAAGAUUAAAGGAACAAUUAUUUGUGAGGACCAACCGACUUUUCAAUCGAAAAGAACAAAUACCUUUUUCGAUCACCAACAAAGCAACAUUUGAAAUUGAAAUGUUGGACAAAAGCAACUCUUCAAAAGAUGGUGAAGACAUGAACCAGGAAGAACAAUGUUUAAACGGAAAUAAGAGGAAUUGACGAAGUUGUGGACCUGAGUGAAAACGGAAAGAAGAGAAAAGCUCUAAGUCAAAAAUUCAUUGACAAAUUACUUUUCAAAAAUACAACUGUUAAAUUAA